UGUAAUGAGCAUUGCUCAUUCGAUCCUCCGCGUGAUGGAGUUGCAUGCCGAAACCGUUUUAAUUAUAUGAACAAAAUACUGGGUAAAUGGAUUGGCGCUUAUGAUGGCGCUAAGCGUCUCCAAGGAAGUGGUUGGUCCGAGAAUGAUGUUUUGGCAAAAGCGCAGGAAAUAUAUGCAUGUGGGAAGAAUGUUCGGUUCACUUUAAUGGAAGAAUGGAAUGCUCUCCGUGAUCAACCACGUUAUAGUAGUCAAGUAGGAUCUGGAAGUAGUGGAUCUAAGAGAUCUCACGAGAGUGAUGCAUGUGGCUCAAACUCUGUAGGAUCUAGUGCUCGUCCUAUAGGUAGGGAUGCAGCCAAAAAGAAGGGAAAAAAGAAAGCUUCCACACCCACAGAGGUGGUGGACAAAGAAUUGGAUACUUACAUGAAAAUGAGGGAGAAAGAGGUGGAACAUUUGACAAUGGUAGUUUCCAAUCAACAAGAGAAAAACAGACUUAAGAAAAUGAAAAUGUAUCUGAAGUUAAGUUCUGAUGAGAAUCUCGAUGACCGGAAGAAAGCCAUGUUGGACACAUUGGCCCAAGAACUGUUUCCAUAA